UGUAAACGGAUCAACUAUUGUUGAUGACCAGCAAAAUUUUGUGAAUAAAGAAAACAAAACAAAACAAAACUAGAACCCAAUCAUCGAACAAUGGAGCCGGCCGUGUGCAAUCCGCGAGUGAACGGUCAGAACCACGAUGGCAACGAUGUGUUGAGCGACGACGAGAAGCAGGCCAUAGAUGAUAUCAAAGGCAUCUGUUUGAAGACCGUCGAGCUGGGAAUGAAGCUGCACCGCGAGAUCUAUGCGCUGGAGGAGAAGGCCGAGCCGGAGCACAAUAUUCUGUACGACGAGCGCAAGAAGGUCAUUGACGGCCUACGCCAGAAGCACAAGGGGGACUCGCUGGCCAAGAACAUGGGCAACUUCUGGCUGUACGUCCUGAAGGCAGCCGUCCAGCAGUGUCCGGAAUUCGCCUGCACCAAUGAGAUUGGCGACGUGGAAGCGGAGGUCCUCUGCCACAUAAGUGACAUACGCAGCAAGCUCUACACCGAGCCGGAGCUCAAGUUCGAUAUCGUCUUUCACUUUGAGCCGAACGUCUACCUCAAAAACGAUUAUCUGCGCAAGGUGUACUACAUCAAGUGCAAGGCGGACCCCAAAGAGCCGCAGGCCUACGACGGCGCUGAGAUCUACCGGACGGAGGGCACAACGAUCCACUGGACCUCGCCGGCACUCAAUGCCAAGUACAGGAAGACCUUCUUCAAGUUCUUCAUGCCUCCAGCUCUGCCCUACAGCAGCGAUGAGCCCAACUAUAAGGAAAUCAACGAAAUCUUGGAGCACGACUUCCGGUUCGGCUUCUACCUGAAGGAGCAUGUCAUACCCAAGGCCGUGUACUACUUCACGGGUGAGAUCAAGGAAUCCAUGGGAUCGUCCAGCUCCACGGAAGACGAUAAUGACAACGACGACGACGGCGACAACAACAACGAGGAUGAAUCCGGAUCGGCGGGCUCGGAUAGCCUCGACCCGAACGCCUCCGAGGACGAGAAGGAUGAUGAUGACGAAGAGGAGCCCGAGGAUGUGCACGUCUACGGGGAAUUGCUGGACUCCGAAGACUGGUCCUUCGACUCGGGAGAUUCCAUGGACUCUGGCAAUUAGGUUGCGCUCC